AUGGAGACAGGAGUGGACUACGACUCAAUGCCGAAGGAGGAUCUACGAAGAGUGGACGAAGUCUGGGCCAUGACAGGCAAGAGGAAGCCAUUCGAUGCGGGGAACCACAUACGAACACUAGCUCGACACCAUGAACGGAUGGAAAAGCAACUCCAUUCGGACACGCAAAGGCAACAAAUGGAGAGACUCAUUCACGAUAACAAAUUUAAGUCGUCUAACUUCCGAAACGUCGCUCCGCAACUGGAACCCGUGUACGCCUACGCAAGACGAUUAAAAGGAUACGAAACGUGGAUGACUGACCAGCGCAUUGAAUACGUUAGAAAGGCUUUCUGUCAGGGGAUGAGCGCAGAGACAAUCCUUGACUACGAGAAGUAUGACGACCAGGAAGAGCAAGAAGAUCAAGAAGACCAGGAAGAUCAAGAAGACCAGGAAGAUCAAGAAGACCAGGAGGAUCAAGAAGACCAGGAGGAUCAAGAAGACCAGGAGGAUCAAGAAGACCAGGAGGAUCACGAGAAUGAAGCAACUGCUGUCCCCAAGCCUGCUUCCAUCAGGACUCAACCGAACAAUCGUUGCACACCUGCACCAAUGAAGAAAAGGAUGCGAUCAAUAAUAGAUUCCGAUCCACCUGUCCUGCCGACAUCCAAUCGUCCAGGCUCAUCCACAGCUCCUAUACCUGCCGACAUCCAAUCGUCCAGGCUCAUCCACAGCUCCUAUAGAGCCGCGUCCACCUGUCCUGCMGACAUCCAAUCGUCCAGGCUCAUCCACAGCUCCUAUAGAGCCGCGUCCACCUGUCCUGCCGACAUCCAAUCGUCCAGGCUCAUCCACAGCUCCUAUAGAGCCGCGUCCACCUGUCCUGCAGACAUCCAAUCGUCCAAGCUCAUCCACAGCUCCUACAGAGCCGCGUCCACCUGUCCUGCCGACAUCCAAUCGUCCAGGUUCAUCCACAGCUCCUAUAGAGCCGCGUCCACCUGUCCCAGUCUCUUCCUCAGCUCCACGCCCAUCUGGAUUAAACCGUCUACAGACAUUAGCCAGCCGACUGUGGGCAGCAUUCAGGCAGCCACAACACAUGGCACCAACUCCAACACCUCCACCACAGACUCCACAAUGCGACUAUACAGUGAAUAA